AUGUGGCCCCCUGGGUCAGCCUCCCAGACACCUCCCCCUGCUGCACCCACCGGUGCGCGUCCAGCUGCCCGCCCAGUGUCCCCGCGCUGCCGGCCCAGCAUGCGUCCUCUGCGCAGCCUCCUCCUUGUGGCCACCCUCGUCCUCCUGGACCACCUCAGCUUGGCUAGACACCUCCCCAGGACCACAGCAGGCCCAGGAAUGUUCUCGUGCCUUAACCACUCCCAGAACCUGCUGAGGGCCGUCAACAACAUGCUUCAGAAGGCCAGACAAACCCUAGAAUUUUACUCCUGUACUUCUGAAGAGAUUGAUCAUGAAGAUAUCACAAAAAAUAAAACCAGCACAAUAAAGGCCUGUUUACCACUGGAAUUAACCACGAACGAAAGUUGCCUGGCUUCCAGAGAGAUCUCUUUCAUAACUAAUGGGAGUUGCCUGGCCUCUGGAAAAACCUCUGUUAUGAUGACCCUGUGCCUUAGUAGUAUCUAUGAGGACUUGAAGAUGUACCAUGAGGAGUUCAAGGCCAUGAAUGCAAAGCUUUUGAUGGAUCCUCAGAGGCAGAUCCUUCUAGAUCAAGACAUCCUGGCAGCUAUUGAUGAGAUGAUUCAGGCCCUGAAUUUCAACAGUGAGACUGUGCCACAAAAACCCUCCCUUGAAGAACCGGAUUUUUAUAAAACUAAAAUCAAGCUCUGCAUACUUCUUCAUGCUUUCAGAAUUCGUGUGGUGACUAUCGAUAGAGUGAUGAGCUAUCUGAGUUCCUCCUAA